GCCAUCUAAUAGUCAACUUCCACCCUAAGAAAGAGCAUUACGUUACCACCCAGUAUGAAGAAGUUUCGCUUUUCAGCAGCGGCGCUUUAAUGCGAUGACAUAAAAGACAGUGUAGCUACACGGAGAAAUAAUGGCAAAAACACUUAAUUUUCACUCCUGUAUAUAUCUUAGCACAACCCACAGAAAGGCAAAUAUAUAGCCUACCGAUUAUUGACGUUUAUAAUUGUCAAGUAAACAUAACGUCCUUUCACUUUCGAAUGCUCCAGGGCAGAUGUUUGAGUCAUCACAGUCCAGCCCAAUCACGCGGCGGUAUAUAAACAUAGUCCACUGCACUGCACUGCUCUAUUCUGUCGAGAUUAUACUACGCUGUGGUGCUCAUGAAGACGGAUAGAGUUCAUGCGUAACGUAUUAGCAGAGAGUUGACGGAGACACGGAUGUCAUCAUUUUAUCAAUGUUUAGCUUUUCCUUGGAGUUGUGGCAGAUGAAAACAUGCUGAACUAUUCUACAUAAUGAUUACACGUGAAUGUGGAAUUCUGUCUGCGGACGUGUUAAACUUUUCCCUCCAGAAAUGUUUGAUGAGGUAGGUCGGUGCUAAAGGGUGUGCUGACAAACUGCAGUUUAAAAAUACCUCUUGAGUAGUCAGGGUCAAAGUUUAUAUGUCAAAUACAUCGUUUGUUGAAAUGAAAUAGGCCUCUACAUUAUAUAAAAUAAAUAACAGAUUACAGGCAGAAUGUGUCUUCAGCCAUUUGCUCCACUGUGUACCUAAUAAUAAAUCAAACCCGAGAAAGUGGAAAUGUAGCCAUUCAGAGCACCCCAUCUCUUCCUAGGCCUGAUGACAAAUCUGGUACUGACGAGGAGCUGGAUAUUUGAUAUGAGGACAGAUUUACUCCACUAUUCCACGUGCUUCACUUCAUUAUUUCUGUAUGUGUUGAUCACAUUGACCAGACAGAUCAAGUGUCAAUCAAUGUGCAGCAGAGAGAGUGUGGAAAUGGUGCAACGGAUUGCAGAUGAACUGAGAAAAGUGGACAAUGAUUGCUUGCUGUACACACCAACUGUGGAAGAUUAUGAGCAGAACUGCUCCAGGUCCACCAUUAAAUGUUUUGCAUUGGAACUGAAAGUUUUGUUUGUUGAAAUCCAGAGUGUGGCCAGGUUGUCUGAGCAACUACUAAGGAUUCUCAAGAAGCUGAAAUAUAAGUUACAGGACAAAAUGAAGUCAUGUCCAGACUGUGAGCUCUACCCAGGCGAAAAAGCUAAGACUUUUGUGGAAACCUUACAAAACAUUUUACAACGGAUAAACGCUGAAAAAACUUGUCCUCCGAGGAAAGUCCAGAGACAUUUAGAGAACUUUAUGCAAAAAACAUUAAGAACAUGAUCUGAAGGAGCAGCUCUGUUGAUCCCUGAAGCAGUUAUGGAGAGGUUUCUGAGUGGCAAAACAGACACCAUAUACUAAGCUACACAACUACAGUACAUAUCCAUCUGUAUACGAACAUGCAAAGAUAUAUUUUCUUAAAUAAAUGACUUUUGUGGAA